AUGAUGCACCCUGAGAUUCUAGAAUCCCCAUCAUGCUCAUCAUCAUUCUACCAAGCCAAUACCUCAACCAUUGAUCUUCAAUUUGAGCACCAUGGCUUCUUAGUGGAUCCUUCUGAAUUCAAUUCCCUUUUCAACACUCUAGAGGACACUUCCUCUGAAGCUUCCUCACUUUCUUUACCUUCCAUCAUGUUCACCAAUGACAAUUUUGUCCAUUACCCAAUUGAGAAAGACAUUUUUCAACUUCCAACAUUGAUGGAUGAGUAUGACUAUGAUUUGUCAAUGGAUUUUGAUGAAUUUGAUCAUAUGCUAAGGGAUGAUCAUCAUAAAAGUGAGGUAGAAGAUACUACUAUUACUUGGAGUCCUACCUCAUCUUUGAACUCAGAUUUGUCAUCAAACCAAAAACCACUUACCUUGCCUCAUCAAGGCAUGGAAAUUGAAAACCAAGUGAGUCUUCCACACAUGUUGGAGGCUCUCGGAGAAGCCAUAUUUCAAGGGGAGAAGCCACUAGCAAAAGUGAUCAUGAGAUGCAUCAUGCAGAAAGUUAGUCCAAUUUCUGAACCCCUUGAACGCCUUGCAUUCUAUUUGUGCCAAGACAUGAUGAAAACAAGCCAAGGGGAUUGUUGUUACCUCACACAAGAGGCUUCCAAGAACUUUGAGGCAACUUUUAAGGCUUUCUACCAAGGCCUCCCACAUGGGAAAUUUGCUCACUUUGUGGCUAAUUUGGCCAUUAUUGAAGCCUUGCCACAUGAUUGUGAAGUCAUACACAUAGUGGAUUUUGACAUGGGAGAAGGGUCUCAAUGGCCUCCGUUGAUUGAGGCCAUUGCAACCCUUCACAAGACAUUGAAGUUGACAUCAAUAAAAUGGGGAGAGGAGAGUUCUGAGGGUGUUUGUGUUUCUUCUCCAUGGAGGUUUGAGGGAAUUAGAAGGGAUCUCUAUGAGCAUGCUAGAUCUUGUGGGGUGAAGUUGGUGGUGGAGGGGAAGGGAAUAGAGGAAGUGGUUAGUGAGCUUAAGAAAAUGAACAAAAGGGGUGGAAGGAGAGAAUUUUUGGCCUUCAAUUGCAUGGUGGAUCUUCCACACAUGGGGAGAGGGAGGAGUAGAAAGCAUGUCAUGGAGUUUCUAGAUUUGAUCAAGAGUUGUGGUUGCAAGGGAGUUGUCACUUUUGGGGAUGGGAGAGUUUGUGAGGAAUUGGAAAAUGAUGACUUGGAAUUCAGGUCAUUCUUUGAGAGGCAUUUGGUGCAUUACAAGGCAUUGUUAGAGUCAGUUGAAUCACAUUUCCCAAAUCAAUUCUUAGAUGCAAGAACUGCCAUGGAGUGCCUAUUUGUGGCACCUUAUGUCUCUUCUCUUGCUUGGUUGCAAAAGUGGGAGGAGAUCAUAGAGGAUUCCUAUUUUAAGACAGAGAUUGGCUUAGAAGGUUGUGGAUUGAGCAAUGCAAUUUUAAUGGAAGUCAAAGAGAUGUUAAAUGGAUGUGAAGAAGGGUUAUUAUAUCAGGCUAGGAUUGAAGGAAAGAAUUGUGACAAUCAAUUGAUUUUGGAAUGGAAAGGAAUCCAGCUAGUAAGAGUUUCAAUUUGGAGAAAUUAA